CGCCGCGUCACCUCCUGGUUCUCCAAUUUCUUGUAAGUGCCCUAGCUGGCGACAAUUAUCAAGUACUGUAGUAGAACAUCACUAAAUGUGCUUACUUUUUUGCUGCCAUUCAAACAGACGAAAAAUGGGAGGAGCUUGUCGCAAAGAUUGAAGGCGACUUCUUUGCACCCGACUCGGUCAAUUACACGAGCCUCGUCCGAUAUCUGAAAGCCGAUCAGGUGAUUCCAACAACCGGAGGACCACUUGGAGGUCUGCCCUCUUUUAUUCCCCGCUCAGGCUUGUCCGAGGGCCGACCGAGUCUGUUGUUCCUUAACUUGCCAGUAUCGUCCGAGAGUCAGGACCCUCCUGGCACUGCCGACAAGGCGCUUAAGAAGAUUCAUGGACGAUCUGUUCCUUUAACGGCCUUUUUUGGUGUUUCCGGAUGUGGAAAAACGAGGACGGCUAUCGAGAUGCUCUGUAAGCAGUGGGGCUUCUAUUUCAACGGAAGCAGCACGGACUGGGGUUCUAGAGAUCUCCUUCUGCUUCUUACAUUGGUUAAAGAAAGGGAGGGAUACAAAACUUGUAACUCGGAGACUAACGCUCACGUACACAUCUUGGCGCUGGCUCUUAUUCUUGCUCGCGUCAUGAUCUUGCACCACUGUCUCAACAUCGCAAAACGCGAAGGACUCACAUUUACUUGCAAGCGCUGGAUGCUGUUGCAAGUCGGACCUUUUGCCAAUCUAUUCGAAUCGAUUGCACGUGUGAUCCACCUUCACUUCGUCGACAUCGAGUUCAUCAACACCACGGUUACAGGACGAUUCUCCGAUCUGCGCCGGCGCCUUCUGAGCCUCCCCUCAAACACGCCCUUUCAGAACUUUAACUACAAGAUCCUUCUUGUAGUUGACGAAGCACAAAAUCUUGGCAAGGAUGAAUUUGGCACCUUCCUCUCACAACAAAGGACCUCAGAAUCCAAGCGAAAAAACACUACUGCCUCGUACGACGACUAUAAGCGACCGGUCCUCUCCCCCUUGAUCCAUGGGUUUUACAAGAUCGCUGCCGACGAGAACGAAUUUUGCGUGAUACUUUGUGGGACUGGCCUCAGUAUUUUCAAUCUGCAGUGGCUAGAUGACUCUGCUCCUGUCACCAAAGGCUACCAACAACAGCUUGAACCAUUUACCGAUUUUGAUGGUUGGGAAUCGCUCGAACAAGUGCGGAACUAUCGUGACCUUGUGCGUCGCUCGCUGCCGAAUCAGGAAGCCAUGACCAUUUUCGACGCACGUGUGCCGGAUACAUCGAUGCCAGAGCUCUUUGACAGUUUUCGCGGACGGUUUCGGCCGAUCGUCUUUGCCAUUGAGCGUAUGAUUAUACUGAGGUCUAACGACGGCGGAAUCGGUUGGAAAUCGGCGAUCAAAGAAACCGAAGAUAUGUUGACAUCGACAGAUUCCCCAUAUUAUGGCAAAGGAAACAUCGUCUUCGACAUAGAGCGAAUGAUCGCUCGAGUUGCCUCAUUCCCGGCGCGAUAUGCAAAGUACCAGAGCAUAAGAGCUACCCUCCAGCUCUUCAAGGAGGCGCCGCUGGUUGAGGCUUCUGUUGGGCGAAUUCUAAAGAUUGGACAAAAUACGACGACGGUUUUAGAUGAGCCGUUUGCGCUGCGCGCGGCUCUGAACUACUUCCGCAAAUCGGAUCCGGACUUCCACAGUGUUAUCUGUACCUUGUUGAACUCUGGACCUUACCCUUCCGUCCAUGGGCAUAUGUGGGAGAUGGCAGUGCUUCCUACCCUGGUCCACGUUUUCAACAACAAGGGCUUAUCCAAGACAGCCCUGACCCCAGACCCCUCCAAAUACGAAUUUCUCACGAAAACAGCCAGUAUUGUUGGAGUGGACGCGCCAACGCUUGGGGUCGACUAUAGGAGCAUGACACUAGAGGAGUUUCUAGCGGCCCAUAUCCAAAAUGGUUCACUCAAAGACGGAAGGAGAGUUCCGCCCUUUUACCAUCCUGUUGAGAAGAUCUCAGGACCUGACAUCAUGUUUGUGCUUCAUUUCGAUGGAUGUGGCUAUUAUCCCGUGUUUAUUCAAUUGAAGAUGCGGGUUUCCAUGGACAAAGCGCAAACAAGGGCUGCGCAAACAACGGUCGAUUCCGAUGCGAUUCAACGUCAUCUCGAAAAUGAUCUCCAGGCAUUUUGUACCCUUACUCCUAAGAGGUUCCUCGGGGUUGUUAUUGCUUAUCCCGCUGAACUGACGGACUUCUAUGACUCAUUUAACAGCUAUAGACGGAGCGAGCGACUUCGUGCAGCGCAAGGAGAGCAAACCCUUGAGUGCGUUACACUCAGAAUUGACAAGGACAACAUACACAGCCUCUUCCCGGAACACCAUAUGGAAGCACUGGAUCGUCUCAAGGGCAUAAAGCGAGAGUUGAACCAAGAUAGCGAUAAUCUGGUGGACCAGCAAAUAGCGAAACGCCGUCGGUAUGAGGAUGACGACUCCUAUAUGGACUCUAACUAGGGUCGAUCUUCCCGAUUACCAUAUACUCGCCUAAACCGUGGCAUUCUCUACUAUGUCCUGCCUACGCUUCAAAACCUUCCGAGUUGUAUUCAUAUCAUACCAGGGAGGCUUAGCAGAACUGUUACUCUCUAUCAUUAAACCCUGGGUGCCAAUUGCACUCGCACCAUGUCCAACGCAGCUGUCGUCGAUG